AGGGCUGCCAUUGACCUCAACUAACGCCAGAGGCUUCUGACUGCAGCCGAGCUCUGGUGGAGAGGCCGAUGCCGGCCUGAGAGUGGGAAGCGUGGGGCUGGGAGCCAGGAGCUUCCGCGCGGCGUGGCGUGGCCCUCUCAGGGCCGUUACGCGAUUUUCGCUCCCGCGGACAGCGCCUCUCAGGCCACCCCCGAGGGACCCCGAGGACGCACUCGGGCCCCAGCGCGACGGUUCAAACGGGCCAGUGUGCGCCCCCGGGGUCCCGGCCCCUGCAGCGCUACCUGGGCGCAGAGCCGCGGAGGGUCUCCGUUCCUAGACGUCCUCCUACCCCGGGAGGCCUGAGUCCUCGCCAGCAUCCGCCCUCUCCCACCUCCCAUCCUUCCUGGAUCCGCCUCUCGGUUCCCGAGGGACAGUCCCGACCGCAAACCCACGUAGAGUAAGGAAUGUGGAAGGAACAGGCGACAGAAGUGGCAUACGUUCCUGCGUUAUCCCUCCGUCUCGCCACACCUUGUGCCUCCAUCUCUCACCGUUUCCUUCCCUCUGUCUGUCAUCUGUCAUCCCCUGUCGCUCUAAGACCAGGAUUCCAGUUCGCCUAGUGAGGAAUCUCACUAGGGGAAUUUAUCGCGGCAUCAUAAAUUAACGGGUUCAUUUUAACUGAAAAAGCGAAGGACUUUUUUCAGGCAGAAGACAAGUCUCGUCUGGUCGGAUGUGAUCUUCGUGGUGGAAAGCUAAAUUUUAAAACCACCCCAAUGGAUGCAGACAGCGAUGUUGCAUUGGACAUUCUAAUUACAAAUGUAGUCUGUGUUUUUAGAACAAGAUGCCAUUUAAACUUAAGGAAGAUUGCUUUGGAAGGAGCAAAUGUAAUUUAUAAACGUGAUGUUGGAAAAGUAUUAAUGAAGCUUAGAAAACCUAGAAUUACAGCUACAAUUUGGUCCUCAGGAAAAAUUAUUUGCACUGGAGCAACAAGUGAAGAAGAAGCUAAAUUUGGUGCCAGACGCUUAGCCCGCAGUCUGCAGAAACUAGGUUUUCAGGUAAUAUUUACAGAUUUUAAGGUUGUUAAUGUUCUGGCAGUGUGUAACAUGCCAUUUGAAAUCCGUUUGCCAGAAUUCACAAAGAACAAUAGACCUCAUGCCAGUUACGAACCUGAACUUCAUCCUGCUGUGUGCUAUCGGAUAAAAUCUCUAAGAGCUACGUUACAGAUUUUUUCGACAGGAAGUAUCACAGUAACAGGGCCCAAUGUAAAGGCUGUUGCUACUGCUGUGGAACAGAUUUACCCAUUUGUGUUUGAAAGCAGGAAAGAAAUUUUAUAAUUCACCACUUAAUUGGUUAGAAUCUCUAACUGAGCACCUUUUAAACCUGCUGCACAUUGGACUCAAAAGGAAAACUGGACCAACAGUAAUUGAGGAGAUAGACUCUUUUAUUCAUUCACGGCUACAGUGUAAGCUCCAGUCCCUUUGGAUUUUAUUCCAAACCUUGCUGUAAUAUAAAAGGAAGUUUACAAGACAUGACAUUGCUGCUUUUACAAAAGGACAUUCUAUUUAUUUUCGCAGUAAUUCUCAUGUCCCCAUAAGCAGAGCUGUCACAGUGUGCACUUAGAUUGUUUUAUUGUUGUCAUUAUUAUUUUUUUCCAUUUUGAGCUAAUGUGUUUUAUUUGUGAAUAGUCUUUUACAUUUUUGUAUGCUGAAUAUGGGCACCAAAGAACCUGUAAAAGUUAUCUUUUUCAAUUGAAUGUGCACAAAUAAAAGUUUGGAAAAGAUCUCUCUUCA